ACAACUAAAAUAGAACAAUAACAAUUGAAGUAAUCGAAACGUAAAGUAAAUUUAUUGUCGCACAAUUUACUAAGAACGGAAUUCGCUAAAUAAACUAUAAUAAUACAGUAAAAAUAUGCUUUCGUUUUUCUCCAAGAAAAAACAAGACACAGAUUUUGCAGAAGAAGCAAUACAAGGACCUACGGAUUCUACACAAUCGAAUGAAGGUGGAGACGAUUUCAUUUUUAUAGAAAGAAAAACUUCAGACCUCGAUCCCACUAAAUUUUCAGCACAAGGUAUAGGAAUGUAUCCACCUAUACCUCCCGCAUUUGGAAUGGGCAGAUAUCCGGGGCAAGCAGUUUAUCCUCCUAUGACUAAUGUCGCCAGUGCAUCCGACAACGUGUCGCCAGUACCAUACGUACAAGGAGUGCCCUUCGAGUUAGCGCCGCAGCUUAGCUCAAAAAGUGAUUUUGAAGUAACUCAAUUGCAAGUUGACAGCAUUUUAGCGCUUUUGACCCGUCAAAUGUCGGUGGACGAAAAUGAAGAAUAUAAUUUUGCGCUGGAGCGAUCAAUACAAAACGAAUGUUAUUAGCUUAGUAAAUCGUUUAUAUAUUCGAUUUAUUUAGUUUUAAGAAAAUUAUAAAUGAAUAAAUUUAGUAAGACAUUAAAACCUUAA